GGGGAGUAUGCUCAUGGGGCUCAGUGGGCUGAUGAAUGCGGCUGCGAAGAGACGUGGUGGGAGUUGCACAAACAGUCAAACAACCAGCCGUGGCUCCUGCAUCAGGAUAGAGAUGGAGCUUUGCUUUCCUGAAGGGAAGCCGGGAUCUAAUCAGGAAUAAAAUAGGGGAGAACGUUCUCAUAACACGUGGGAUAUAAAGAGAGGCGGGAGAGAAGGGUGAAAACAAAGGAUAAAGCUGCAGAGGAGGUUGAGUGAAACAAGAAAAGCCACAAGACAGGUGGACAGACAUCAAAGCAGCGCUGUUGACCUCCCCCUAUUGAUCUGCAAUGGCUUUCCGGCUAAAUGAGCUCCUCUUCAUCUGUCUAACCAUGACACAGGGUGGCUGUAUGAUCCCUAACAACCACUGGGGUGAAUGGAACGACUCUCAGCUCCUACCCACCAUCCAAAAACUUAUGAAGGGAUAUAACCGCUACCUAAGGCCUAAUUUCAACGAAGGUCCAGUUGAAAUCGGAAUGAGUCUGGAUAUCGCCAGCAUCGAUGCCAUCUCUGAAAUAAACAUGGACUACACUGCAACCAUUUUCCUCCGUCAGCGCUGGCGGGAUUCUAGGCUGGUGUUUCCCGGGAAUGAAAGCGUGAGUGUAGACGGACGGCUGGUGUCGUUGCUAUGGAUCCCUGACACCUUCAUCCCAGACUCUAAGCGCUCCUUCCUCCAUGAUGUGACGGUGGAGAACCGUCUCAUACGUAUAUUCAGUAACGGCACCGUCCUUUACGCCCUUCGCAUCACAGCAACGAUUGCCUGCAACAUGGAUCUGACCAAAUACCCCAUGGACAAACAGGUGUGCACCCUGCAGCUGGAGAGCUGGGGCUAUAACAUACAGGACGUGGUGUUCUACUGGACAAGAGGGAAUGAUUCAGUGAAGGGUUUGGACACCCUGCGGCUGGCUCAGUACAGCGUGGAGAGCUACUACACAUCAGUGUCGGAGGCUGUGUACGAAACAGGUCAUUACCCCAAGCUGGUGCUGCAUUUCUCCCUGCGCAGGAAUGUCUUGUUCUUUAUCUUGGAGACGUAUGUCCCCUCCAUCCUGCUGGUGGUUCUCUUCUGGGUGUCCUUCUGGAUCAGCCAGUCAUCAGUCCCAGCUCGAACAUGCAUCGGAGUGACAACCGUCCUGACCAUGACCACUCUCAUGAUGGGGGCCCGUACGUCUCUGCCCAACGCUAACUGCUUCAUAAAGGCCAUAGACGUCUACCUGGGCAUCUGUUUCACCUUCAUUUUCGGUGCACUGUUGGAAUACGCCUGUGCUCAUUUUUACACAAUGCAGAAUCAAACCAUAGAGGAUCUUCACAGGGAACUUUUGAGGGAGUUUGUAGAGUCUAAUGGAAACGGCAUGGUCCCCAUUGUCAGCUCCAGCCAACCAAACCAGUCUGCGGACGUGGGCCCCAGCGCGGAGGAGCCGACGGAGGAGCCAGCGAACAGUGACAUUAAGAACCAUGCUGCUUCAACAGAAAAAACGCAGAGUCAGGGCUGUGGCCUGUCAUCUGUGAAGGAUGCUUCACGCAGAGCAGCUGCUGUCUUCAUAGUGGAAAAUCCACAUAAUAUUGAUCGCCAUGCCCGUACCGUCUUCCCUACAGCUUUCCUCUUCGUUAACAUCCUCUACUGGCUGUACUAUCUCUUUCUCUGAGUACAUCUCAUAUCACCACCCUCACUGG